UAGGGGCCGCCUGUAUCAUGGCCGGUGGGGGAGGCGAGGCGGGAGCGUGCGCGGUGUCUCCCCCGCCGCUGCGGGGGCUGCAGCUGGUGCAGCAGGGGGCCGAGGCACGGCUGUACCGGGGACAGUUCCUGGGCCGGGCGGCCGUGGUCAAGCUCCGCUUCCCCAAGCGGUACCGGCACCCGGCGCUGGAGGAGCGGCUGAGCCGGCGGCGGACGGCGCAGGAGGCCCGCUCCUUGCUGCGCUGCCGCCGGGCAGGGAUUUCUGCACCAGUGGUUUACUUUGUGGAUUAUGUCUCCAACUGUAUAUAUCUUGAAGAUAUCAUAGAGUCAACUACAGUUCGGGAUUAUAUAACUUCUAUACAGCAAAGUGGAAAGGAUACCAGCAACCUCUUUCUCUUAGCAGAAAAGAUAGGUGAGGUUUUGGCACGAAUGCAUGAUGAGGAUCUUAUCCAUGGAGACCUUACAACUUCCAACAUGCUUUUGCGACCCCCAGUAGAAGAGCUGGACCUGGUGCUAAUAGAUUUUGGACUGAGUUUUAUAUCUGGUCUUCCUGAGGAUAAAGGAGUUGAUUUGUAUGUUUUGGAGAAAGCUUUUCUGAGUACUCAUCCAAACACAGACACACUGUUUGAAGCUCUGCUGAAGAAGUACUCUACUACAUCUAAAAAAUCAAGUCUAGUGAUCAAAAAGCUGGAUGAAGUACGACUAAGGGGAAGAAAGAGAUCCAUGGUUGGAUAGAAGAAAGCAGAAUUUGUGGGAGGGUAGGGGAAAUGUAACUUCCUAGGAUGUGCAAAUGUGCUUGUUUAUUGUUUGGUUUUAUUUCAUAAUUCACCAUUUUGGUAGCUUUCGUUGUCUUUCAAAUGUACAAUAAACCAGUUUAAUCCAACAUGGUGGUGAUCCUUGUACAGCAAUCUGACAAGUGGCUCAGAGUAACCAAGUUAAUGAUAGGUGAUGAGAGUGCAGGUGGGAAAGUAACAGCUGAGGUGGGAACAGUUGCUUUUCUUGUCUCCUAACUAUUAUAUAUCCCUUUUUAAAAAGAAAAAUCCAAUAUUUGUAGUGUGUUUUGCUAUGCAAACAUAGAGCUUGUUUUGUUAGAGCAUUAAAAAUGUUUAUUGCAGUAAAUUUGGGAAAGUGUAAAUUUUGGCUCUGUUUUCAAAUCAACUUUGUUUUAAGCCAAUAGUCAGUAACACCAGUAAUAAAAAUGACCGAUUCCUCUGCUGAGGAUCUUUCAGUUAAACAAAAAUGUUGCAACUUUCCAUGCAGAGUUUCUGUAAGAAGAACUGCUUCCACUCUGUUUAGGCCCUCUAAAAUAAAUCAUUUUUUUAAUCAUCACAGUAUAACAGCAGAAUGCCAUACUGGAUCAGAGAUGAGGUCCGUCUACUCUGGUAUCCUGUUUCCAACACUGGUCGAUAUCAGA